GAGCCUCUCUUGAGCCUUCUCUUUACUUCCUCCAUGGUCUUCCUCUACUUUACUUUCCGUAUCAUCAGUGCGCUCGUUGCUUUCCUAUAUCCCGGAUAUGCAUCAUACAAAACACUGUCGCAGCGUCCUGCAUCGGAGGCGGAGCUAGAGAGGUGGCUCAUGUAUUGGAGCGUCCUCGGAUGCAUAGUUGCCGUAGAAUAUGUGGCUGAGUGGUUGAUCUCAUGGCUCCCAUUCUACUACCCUCUUAAGACCUUCUUCCUGCUUUACUUGGCAUUACCACAAACAGCGGGUGCCUCAUACCUCUACAAGACCCAAGUUCAACCAUUCUUUUCAUCGCAUGAAUCUGAAAUCGAUUCCGCCCUCUCGCAACUGAAGACUUACGUCUAUAACUACCUCCAACAAUUACUACGAUCGGCUUGGAACCAUGUCUCGUCUACCCUAGGCCAGAAUGGAGAUCGAAUUGAUGCACUUGAUGAGGGAGGGAUCACCAGAGAAGCAGCAGCCAACGCUGGUGCCCCUCCUUCCAUCGGUGACCCUGUUUCAGGUCCUAUCCAGCUCGCCCAGACACUCUGGAGGAGCUACGGGCCUAGUAUUAUUGUUGGAGGGGCCACUGUGGUUCAAUAUGCGCAGAACGCAGCUAACAUACGUCCAGCACCCUCUCGCGACAACUCGUCGCAAUCUGCUCUCGAGAGGCGUAGGCAACUUGAAGCCGAGUUGGCUUCACUCAAGGCUUCCGAGUCCACCAUUCGGCCAUACAACGUUGGGGACACUCCACCAUCACCGCCUGUGCUCAUACCUUCGGCUGCUAAUCACUCGCGCACAUCCUCUGAAUCGUCCUCGUCACGGCGUGAGCGACCGGGCAGUGGAAAUGGUAAAUCGACGUUCGAGGAGGUUGAAGUGCCCAGCGAUCUGGAGGGAGAAAGUCACCAUAUUCAACAGAGAUCAUCUGAUGCCAGGAGAUCUAGUUGGUUUGGUUGGGGAGGCAGUCAGGGGUAUGAGAGGGUAAAGACGGAUUGAACGUGACAGGUCGAUCUUUCCUUAUUUUAGUUUCGAUUCUUGGGACCUUUUUGUUCAUAUCUUCGAUGACUUACUAUUCUCUAAUCAUCUGCGCCGUAUCUACAUUGUGUAAACUAUGCAAUUUCUGCUGCAUACAGGGAAGCCCAAAAGGGGAUACCGUCGCCUAUAAAAGGUAACUCCUUU